AGGAAGGGAGGGAGCCCUCAGCGCUGCCGGAGCCCUUCCCCAGGGGGGGGCAGAGGAAGACACCGCCAUCCUCUCUGUCUCCCGCAGACCUGCGUCUACCACAGAGGUUGCUGCUCAGCGUCCCGGACGCGUGCCCUGCCGAAUCGGAUGCCCCAGAACCCUUGUUGGAGGGCUGGGAUUACCUGAAAGGAGGAGGCGGGGAAUCUGUCCAUAAGCAUGAAAUAGACAGACGGUUGGAAAAGAAGCUGAAGAUCACGCAGAAGGAAAGAGCCGGGUCUUCCAGACUGGAUGUAGCUACGGCUAUGGGGAAGCCAUUUAAGAAAAAGACAUUCAAAGGAAGAAAUGGUAGAAAAUCAAAAUCUCCUCCUAAAGUGCCGAUCGUGAUUCAGGACGACAGCCUUCCUGCAGGUCCUCCCCCGCAGAUCCGCAUCUUGAAGAGGCCGACGACCAACGGCGUGCUCAGCAAUCCCAACUCCGCCAGCAGACCGGCCUUCCCCGUGAAAUCCUUGGCGCAAAGGGAGGCGGAGUACGCGGAAGCCAGGAAACGAAUAUUGGGCAGCGCGAGCCCUGAAGAAGAGCAGGAGAAACCCAUUUUGUUUAGGCCGCCGAGGAUCUCCCAGCCGGAAGACACCAGGCAGCCCAGUAAUGUGAUUAGGCAACCCCUGGGUCCCGAUGGCUCGCAAGGCUUCAAACAGCGCAGAUAAACGCGGGCGAGAGACGCUGCUGCGGAAGGCAGGGUCCGCCGCCACGGGUCGCACUGCCGUGGCGGGCGAACGGACUUGAGCAAAGGGAACUACCUGGUUUAUUUGCACUGUGAUCCCCUUUGCUCUGCCCACUGUGACCUUCAACCCCACGCACUGUGACCUCCCCUCUCCACCCACUGUGACCGGCAAACCGAGAAGGGCUUUGUCCCCAAGUCGCUGUCAAAGGAAAGGGGACGAGGGGAGGGGGUGAUAAAGGACUCGGACGGGUGCAGGGAGUCGUGUGCGCGCCACUUGGGUUGAAGCUAGCGCCAGCAAUAAUGUUUGUUGUACUCUUAGCCUGGGAUU